AUGCUAAUAUUAAUACUAGCUGUUUUAUUUUUCAAUAGACACGCAAAGGCGACCAAUACUUCGACUAGAAUAGUUAAUGGUAAUGAAGCUCCAGAUGGAGGGAUCCCGUAUCAGGUAUCAUUGAGGCUGGGGGGGAGCCAUUUUUGUGGGGGAUCUAUUCUUAAAGCCGAAUGGAUACUUAGCGCCUCGCAUUGUUUCGACCGAAUCCGAUACGUACAAUACAUAACAGCACUUGUUGGCACGAAUGAUCUUAAAUCUGGUGGCGAUGAAGUUAAAAUCGACAAGAUUGUCAAGCACCCAGAUUACGUCCAGAAACAAUACAAAAACGAUAUAGCCUUACUGAAAACCCUACAACGCAUAACGUUUAACGAGAGAGUUAAACCUAUACCUUUACCGGAACAAGAUACGGAGCCUGGGGCCAAUCUACUUGUGUCCGGUUGGGGGCAGACCAAAGAAAACCCUGCUGAAUUUCCCGAUAAACUCCAAAUGCUGAAUGUAACAGCUAUAUCUGUAGAAGAGUGUAAGAACCAAUUAGGAAAAUUUAUACCAAUAGAUGAAACAAAGCUGUGUACUUCGAAACAAGAAGGGACUAGUGCGUGUUCGGGAGAUUCUGGUGGACCACUGGUGGAAGGAACAGUUCUUGUUGGUGUCGCGUCCUUCGUCGUAACACCAUGCGCUACAUUUGACUAUCCAGACGGAUAUACAAGAGUAUUUCAGUACAAAGAUUGGAUUACUAAAAACAUCUCUUGA